AUGGCCAAAGCAAACGCUGUUGGAAUCGAUCUUGGCACAACUUACUCCUGUGUUGGAGUACUCAUGCACGGUAAGGUAGAAAUCAUCGCCAAUGACCAAGGAAACCGUACCACCCCAUCCUACGUCGCCUUCACCGACAUUGAACGUCUCAUUGGUGAUGCCGCCAAGAACCAAGUUGCCAUGAACCCACAGAACACAGUUUUCGGUACGUUUACUUAUUAUAUUACAGGAUUUUAGGUAACAAAAUAUAUAAGAAUAUUUUUUGGUGAACUUGUAUAUUAGGUCUAAGUAUUUUAGGUAAAAACGAAAAUAUUAUACAGUUCUAG